GUGCGCAUGCGUCGCGCAGGAAACGUCCCGACGCGCUCCGUGGGCGCCCGGCUGUGCGCGCGGGAAGAUGGCUGAGCAGGUGUCCAAGUCCGUGCUGUUCGUGUGUCUCGGUAACAUCUGUCGGUCACCCAUUGCAGAAGCCGUUUUCAGAAAACUCGUCACUGAUCAAAAGCUUUCAGAUAACUGGAGGAUAGACAGUGCAGCGACAUCCACGUAUGAAAUAGGAAACCCUCCUGAUUAUCGAGGGCAGAGUUGCAUGAAGAAGCAUGGUAUCCCCAUGAAUCACAUUGCCCGGCAGGUUACCAAGGAAGACUUUGCCACAUUUGAUUAUAUACUGUGUAUGGAUGAAAGCAAUCUGAGAGACUUGACUAGAAAGAGUAAUCAGGUUAGAAACUGCAGAGCUAAAAUCGAACUCCUUGGGAGCUACGACCCGCAGAACCAGCUCAUCAUCGAGGACCCGUACUACGGCAGCGAGUCGGACUUCGAGGCCGUGUACCAGCAGUGCGCCAGGUGCUGCCGGGCCUUCCUGGAGAAGGUGCGCUGACGCCGCGGGCCUGCGCUUCCUGGGGCCCCACACGCAAUAAAGGGGUUUCCUCCA